AUGAUCACUGCACAGCAAUUCACACAGGCACGUCAAAAUGUCAUACGUUACAGCAAGAAUAUCAUUCUCUUUCCCUUCCAAACCUUCAAAUUCUUUUUCAAUUUAUGGUUUUCCCUGACUCGAUUCUUUGUCUAUGAUCUUCCCAUCAAAACCAUCACAUGGUUGUAUCACUUUGUCAUGGGAUCCUUUUUGGUGAAACUCUUUGUGUUACCUCUUGCCAAGUGGAUUGUUCAGAAUGUUGAAAAACCACUCGAAGAGCAAUUGAAAUCGAGUCAAGUGGUGAAAAAGGCCAUUCGUCAUAUUCCAGCUGCUCUCUCCCAAACCCAAGCGAAGGAAUUGAAGCAAGAAAUUGAACAGAAAGAUCAACACAUUCAGACUCUUCUCCAUGAAAAGAAUGAUCUCUCUCGUCUCUUGCAUGAAAAGGAACUUGAAUUGAAUGAAUUGUUGCAAGGAAGUUCUUCUUCUGGUCAAUUCAGUGUGAAGGAAUUGGAAUCUAAAAUUUCAAGUCUCAUGAGUCAAUUGGAGAGUGUCAAAACAGAGAAGGAAAAACUCAUUAAGGAAAAGAACACACUUGAGCUUACUUCUCUUUCUCAACUCCAAAUGAUGAAACAAGUAGAGACCAUGUUGAAUAUUCAAGCAAAUAAGGUCAAGGAACUCGAACAAGCCAAAGAUCACGUUCGUAAUGAGUAUGAGAAGAUUCUGAGAGAGAAUGAACGUCUUCGCCAUGAGCAUGAGCAAUUCGAUGUGCAAAAUAAGAAAAUUCUUGACACUCAUAAAAAGGACUAUGACAAGUUGAAGAGAGAAUUUGACAAAUUGAAACAUCAGAAUGAAAAGCUCGAAUCUCAAAUUUCCAUUCUCAAUGGUCAAAUUUCUACAUUGGAUCAGGAGAAUAGAUCCUUGCGUGAAAGUAAAUUUCUUAUGGAGAAGGCCCAAAAGGAACAAGUUCAACGAGACGAUGCCUUUCAAAAAUUGAAACAUGAUUUGGAUAUUGCCAAUAAUAAGAUUCAUGAACGUGACAAUUCUGUGAAUUCUCUCAAACAUAAAGUCAAUGAGAAGGAGAAGGAAGUGGCUUUAUUGAGAGAACAAGUUCGUAUUCUCGAUUCAGAAUUGAAAACUAAAGUCAAGGAAUCACAAAUGUAUUCAGAGCGUAUCGACAAGUUGCAACGUUUGGAAGAGAUUUCUCCCACCAGUGAAAACUAUUUGCCAACUCCAAAUUUGAGAUCAGAAGAAGAAAUGUUAGUGAAUCCACAAAUUGCUGAGAAGGCCAUUGAGGAAACGGAAGAAAAUAUUCCAUCUGCAUCGUUUGGACUCAUGGACGUGGGAAUUGAUGAGAAGGCGUUGAAGGGUGGUGACAUUGAAACAAACAAGAAAAAAGAAAUUCCUUCACAUGAGAAACAAGAAAAGGCCAUAAGUUCGAGCAUGAAGGACAAGAAUGAAAGAUAUGAAAUUCCAUCGUCAUCAGACCUUAGCAAAACGAGUGAUCUUUCAAAAGAUAUUCUUCCAAAUGAGAGUAUUGAUAAGGCAGAGGUGGUCUCUGGUCCCUCUCAAGAAAAUUUGAAAUCUCAGACAAAGGAUAUUGACACUCAAGAGGUGACUGAUGUUUACUCAUCCAGUUAUUUAGCACCUCAACAAAAGAGUAAGGAGAUCUCUGGUAUUGAGCAUCCCAUCAAAGAUGUUUCUCAAAGCAGCAGAAUCAGUGGGGGUAUUAGCACAGAUGUGAAAUCUCAACAACCUCUCCAAAAAGACCUUUCUGCAGAAGUGUCACAACAAGAAACUAUUGAAGACAAACCUAAACUGUACCAAGCAGAUGACAAUUAUGUUCCAGAACUUGCUGACAUGUUGGAUAGUGUUGAGAAGGGAGAAAUUGAGAAUGUUCAAUUCCAAUCCAUUGCAUGUGUUCCAAAGUUAAAGGGCUCUCUUGUGAACUUGAUUUCAGAUCAAAUUGAUGACUUGCUCACUGUUUUACAGAACAGUGAUCAGGUCUCGUUUGUUGAUUUUUCAAGUUGCGGUCUUGAUACAAAUUUUGUGAAAAGAAUUUUAAACUCCUUGGCCAUCAAUAAUAGUAUUGAGAUUAUCGAUUUGGGAUGCAAUGAAAAAGUGGAACCAAAUCUAAUUGUGGAUGACUUGAUCAACUUCUUCUCACAGAACAAGAAGUGUCAGAAAUUCUUAGCUAAGGAUUGGAAAUUCUCAGAUGACAAAAUUUCUAAAAUCAUUCAAAUCAUUCAUGACAAGAACAACAGUUUAACUGAAUUCAAGUUUGACGAGAGUAGUGUGAAACAGGAUCAAAUUAUAUUGUUGAAUGAGUCAAUCAAAAGAAAUGUUAAUGCCAUGUAA